AUGACGUACUUUCGGAUGUACCACCAAACACCAGCACUCCAUUCUUCACCGGUCACAGCAACAUCUUCCCUACGUUUUUGCAAUAUGCGGCUGCAGCGAUUCGGCAGCCAGUUCACCCCAUCCACUCCGCUGCCACUUUCUCUAGAUGUAAGCUCCAAGUGGCGACCGCAGCAUGACGAUAAACCCCGAAAAAAGUCAAAGCCUACUGAUGAUAUCGAGCGCAAAACUUCCUCCGAGUUCAAGUCCGACCACAUGCCUCCAGUAGAAGUGCAGGACGCUAGCAAGGAGCAGAGGGACGGUAAUACCACUCAGGAGCGAAUAGAUGGCAAAGUAACGACGGAAAGUAAUGGUACGGCCAAUAGUGAGAAAGUCAAGGUUAACGAAGGAACAAUUAAACACACAAACGACAUCAACAACGAUAUAACACGAGAUUUACGUGUGAGUCCGAGUCCUUCUCCAGAACCGGAAACAGAUCGCAGUCCCAGUCCAUCACUCGCCAACUCAGUACCGCCAGAGUUUCUCACCAUCUUGGCAACUUUUCCUCUAUUUAAACAAGCCCCCACGUCAUUUUACACCAAGGUAGCUUCAAAGCUCACUCUCAUGCAAUACCACCCGCUGGAUCCCAUUAUCAAGAAGGGCGACCCUUCCAAAAGUAUGUACUGGAUAUUACGUGGAACAGUAGGAGUGACCUCCACCGAUGGUGAAUCACUGUACGCUGAAUUGGUAGCGGGAAAUUUCUUUGGAGAAAUAGGCAUUCUCUUUAACCGUCCUCGUACUGCAUCAGUGAUUGCUCGCACCAAAGUAUUGUUAGGAGUACUUACCCUGGAUGCCUUGAGUCAAGUCCUUCGUUCGUAUCCUCUCAUUGAGCGUCGAAUUCGUGACGAGGCCCAAGAAAGACUUGCAAUGCAGGACAAGAAGAGUAAAGCGGAGAUUCCGCUGAUCAAAGGCGUUCAUUCUCAAACCAGAAGGCUCCUGCCUAUGAUAGAACUGCCCAUUCCCAUGUCGGCAGUAUUCGCAAGCUCUCUCGCUACCGCCGCUAUCCCCGUCCCUGGCCCAGCACUCCCGCCAGCGACUCAUACAUCUCCAUUGCAAUUCAAUACUCCAGCACAAGACAAUGUUGAUUCCACCAUCUCAAUCCAAAGCUUCAUCAUGAACAUUCCCAUAUUUUCCAACCUCCCUCCAGACAUUAUACAUCAACUAGCAUUGGGAGUUGAACCUGUAACAUUCAACUCGUUCGAAUUUAUUUUUCACAAAGGAGACGAAGGUUCCGACAUCUAUUUCAUCGUGAAUGGUGAGAUCGAAGUAUUCGAUUACGUCAACAACAAUACCAAGAUUGAAAAUAUCUUGGGACGCUUGGGCGCCGGUAGCUACUUUGGUGAAAUGUCGUUCCUCCACAGUCUCCUGAACCACGAGGAUAAGUUACUUAGGAGCGCCUGUAUUCGUUCGGUGACACCGGUCGAACUUAUCGUCAUUAGAAGUGACCUUUUAGAGAACCUCUGUUCAAGAUACCCAUUCAUAGUUGAUCACAUGAGGCAAACUGCUAAUGAGAGAAAUGCUUUGAACACCACUUCCACAAAGUUAUCACUCAAUAUGACAACCCCUAUACAGUCACCAAGAAGACUCUCUUUAGUUCAAGGAGAGAAAACUCCCGCAUUAGCCAUUGCUGCCCCUCGUCCACCAACUCCUGGGAUGGAUUUCCCUUUCUCUUCUGAUUGGAAUUUUUCCUUUGCGAGCCAGACUGGAAAGCACUCAAGGUCGAUCUCUCCUGUGUCAGCUGAUGGACCAGAAACCGCAGCAACGUCAACCUCCACUUUCACGAAAAAUGACAAUUCAAAUGGCGUUACGCCUGUCUCAAGACUUUCCUCAGAAACAUUAACCCAGGAUUUAAGGAAGAGAAAGUCACUGCCCAUUGAAUACGCAGUGCCACUCACUCUUCCUCCUCCUAACCCGGUCCUUCCUUCCAUUAACAGCUUUCAAUCUAUGAGCAACAUAGGAAAGAACAAUUUUCAGUAUAUGCCUCAUAACAAGCGGUUGCGAAUGGCUAGCAUUUCCAAUGGAAGAAGAAGGUCUUCUGUGUUGAGCAACAAUGGUUCACUUCCCGACAAAAUCUUGCUCAAAGUCUUCGAGUUCCUCCCUUUACCAAAAUUGAUGAAAUUGCGCGUCAUUAGUAGAAGAUGGCGCCAAUUGCUUCAUCUUUCUCCAAAUCUUGUGAAUACUUUGGAUUUGCGACCAUGGAAUACCUCAAUUGACGACAAGGCAUUAAUAUCAAUUACUGAUUUCGUUGGAUCGAGACCCACUGUAAUAGAUUUAUCCAACUGUUUCCACGUCACCGAUGAAGGUUUCAGCUACAUGGUCAACGAAAUAGGUAUGUCAGGGAAGUUAAAAGUGUUGCGUAUGAAAUCAAACUGGGAGAUCAGCGCAAUGGCUAUAAUGGAUCUUACGGUACCCAGUGUUGGCCGUUACCUUGAAGAAAUUGAUCUUUCCAAUUGUCGUAAAGUCCGUGACGGCGUGAUAGAGAGGUUGAUUGGCUGGUCCAAUCAAUCUGCCGUAGGCGAGGAAUUGCGGUCUCUUGACGAUUACACAGGCGAUGAUAUUGGCUGCAAAAACUUGAAGGUUCUCAACGUUGGAUAUUGCAAGCAUGUCACGGAUAAUGUAAUGUACCAUAUUGCAGAAAAUGCUGCAGAGAGACUUGAAAGUCUUGAUUUAACAAGAUGUACCACUAUCACGGACAAAGGGUUUCAAAGCUGGACCUGCAAGAGCUUUCCCAACUUGAGAUCACUUUCAUUGAAAGAUUGUACAUUUUUAUCUGAUAAAUCGCUCAUCGCGCUUGCUAAUUCUGCGACAAAUUUGGAAACACUCAACUUGGGGUUCUGUUGUGCAUUGACAGAUCUUGCAGUUGAAGUAUUGUGUCUUGGAUGUCCCAAAUUGAUCGAUUUGGAUAUGUCGUUCUGUGGAUCAGCAGUCAGUGAUUCUUCUUUGGUAGGAAUCUCAUUACACCUCAAAAAUCUUCAACGUUUAGUUCUCCGUGGUUGUGUCAGAGUCACCAGAGCAGGGGUGGAUGCAUUAUUAAGCGGAUGUUCUCCUCUUAGCCAUAUCGAUAUCACCCAGUGCCGAAAUGCUCAUUUUUAUCCAGGACGUAUCCCAGCGCAAAAGUUGAACGUUAACCCAGAGACCAAAUCUGCCUUUGUAACCGCUGGACCAUUUCAGAAUGUCAUAGAGAUUCUUCUCUAA